AUGUAUGACAAAACACGUGUGGAAGUUAAUCGUGAAUUAAAAAGUGCUCUAGGUAUCUGUCUAACCACCGACAACUGGUCAUCAGAUUCAAAUCAGGCAUAUAUAACAGUCACAGCUCAUAUUAUAACAUGCAAUUAUGAACAGAAAAAUUUUGUUUUGGAAACAAUUGAUUUCACGGGAAACCAUACAGCUGAUCGAAUAGUCCAGCAUUUACAGGAUCUGGCAAUUGAAUGGCCAAUAUUUGAUAAAAUUAUUUGUUUAGUCUCGGAUAAUUGUGCAACAAUGGUUAAAGUUAGUCGAGAUUUUAACAAAGGUACAGCUUAG